AUGUCUGAUAGGAAGGCUGAAUUAGAGAGGAAAAAAGCUAAACUUCUAGCUUUGCGCGAGGAAAAAAAGAAAAGGGAGGAGGGCAAAAAACCUGAUACAGAUGCUAUCGACAAACAUCAAACAGCAGAUGAUUUGUUGAAAGGUCUGGGUUUACCUGCUGUGUCAUCUACAUCAAGCUUGAAUUUACGCGAAUUGGAGUCACCGUCUAGUACCAUAAGUGAUGGCCUUCCUAGUCGUGUUCCAAAAAAGCGAAAGAAUCUACAAACUUCGGAAAUUUUUGAAGUUGUAAUAACAUCGGAAGUAAUAGCUUACGACAAGGAAACACAAACAGUGGAAGAACCUGAGGAACGAGAAAAUCGUUCAACUGACUAUUAUGUUUUGACAUACGAUGAAAGUAGCCGUGAUGACGUCGAUGCAAAGGCAGCAUUAGCUGAACUUGAAAAAAUGCCACAUAUUGGUGUCUCAAAAGUUGGACAAACUGGUGCUGGUGCUGGUGGCAUAUUAGACAAAAUCGAUGGAAUCCGUACAGUCGGUGAAUUAGGCGAUGAAGCUGCUUUAAAUGAUUCUGAACACACUGAAGUGAAUACAUUAACAGAAGAGGAGAAAUCUCGGAUUAUGUCAUCUGAGUCGUUCUUACGCUUCUUCCAGCGUUCUUCACGUAUUGUCGAACGAGUGUUAUCGCGUAAUGAAGAUCUUUUUGAAGAGUAUACCGGUGAAGAUCACGAGGCGAAAGACCGUGAUGACGUCGAUGCAAAGGCAGCAUUGGCUGAACUUGAAAAAAUGCCACAUAUUGGUGUCUCAAAAGUUGGACAAACUGGUACUGGUGCUGGUAGCAUAUUAGACAAAGUCGAUGGAAUCCGUACAGUCGGUGAAUUAGGCGAUGAAGCUGCUUUAAAUGAUUCGCAACACACUGAAGUGAAUACAUUAACAGAAGAGGAGAAAUCUCGGAUUAUGUCAUCUGAGUCGUUCUUACGCUUCUUCCAGCGUUCUUCACGUAUUGUCGAACGAGUGUUAUCGCGUAAUGAAGAUCUUUUUGAAGAGUAUACCGGUGAAGAUCACGAGGCGAAAGAAUCUGAUGAAUUGAUCACUGUGUCACUAGAGUUUUUCGAUGACCGAUGGUCUAAAAAUCGUAAAGUCACCGAUUUGGAUUGGUCGACCAUAUUCCCCGAGCUAUGUCUUGCAGCGUAUAAUUCCAAUGAACAAAAUGCUCAUGAACCAGAAGGUGUAUGUCUCGUGUGGAAUAUCAAGUAUCCAAAGCUAAAGACUCCAGAGCAUAUAUUCCAUUGUCAAUCAGCUGUCACUUCAGCUAGUUUAUCACGGUUUCAUCCAAAUAUUGUUGUGGCUGGAACGUAUUCUGGACAGAUUGUCUUAUGGGAUAGUCGGGUUAUGAAACGUACGCCAGUUCAACGCAGUCCACUAACAUCAUGGGCGCAUACACACCCGGUUUUCGCAAUCACCUUAGUCGGUACACAAAAUGCGCAUAAUAUCAUAAGCCUUGGAACAGAUGGAUCAUUAUGUGCAUGGAGUUUAGAAAUGUUAUCACAACCGAGAGAGAAAACUAAAGUAUGCGAAAUGUCUUCCGGGGGAUUAUUCGAUGUUUAUCCCACGUGUAUGUCUUUCUUUGCUAACGAUGUGAACAAUUAUGCCGUUGGUGCUGAAAAUGGUAAUGCUUAUUGUGGACAACGGCAUAGUAGUCGAACUGGAGCUGCUGAUGAAUCUUCACGUCAUGUAACCUAUAAAGGUCAUAAGGCACCACUGACAGCCAUAUCUACUCAUCCUAGUCCAGGGGCUUUUAGUUUCUCCUCCUUUUUCCUUACCGCAUCGUUUGAUUGGACUGUACGCUUAUGGUCUACUCGGGAAAAUAAGCCGAUCUACACAUUUGACGACUAUUCCGAUUAUGUUUACGAUGUGUCUUGGAGUCCUGUACAUCCAGCCGUGUUUGCUACUGGAGAUGGUACUGGAUAUAUAAGUGUGUGGAAUGUGAAUCAAGAGCCUGAAGUCCCUGUUGCUCGUCGUAUGCUAAUGUCAUCGAGCAAUAUAGGUGUUCCGCCAACAUCGCUAACCUCCUCCUCAUCAUCAAUAUCAGCCUCUGAUGUAGUCGCAAUAAAUAAAUGUCGUUGGCACACGUCUGGUUCGUAUUUAGCUGCUGGCGACGAUAUUGGUCGUGUAAGUAUAUGCAAUGUUCACGAGAGUCUUUCACAACCGACUACUGAUGAUUGGCCGACAUUUGCGCAUGUUUUAGCCGAUUUUAAACAUUAUGAAAUGGAACUGGAUAUCGACUCAGAAACACAACAACCGCAACAACCACAACAUUUCUAA